GUUUGCACAACCAUUGCAUCAAUUUGAUUUCGUGUCGUUGUUGGUUUUCAACAACCAAACACUGUGGGCAUCGACGCGUCGAAAACAAACAUUUACACCUCUCCGUCGACGUUGUUGCACUGCAUUAUUCUCGAUAAUCAUCAAGAUGUCAGUCGACUCGGUGACGUCGCUGGCGGGAGGUGGAUUAUCAGGGAGCGGACUGGGUGCGUUGACUGGGACACUUCAAGGCGGAGUGAACAGCCUCAUCAACAUGUCGAGCACAUGGCUUGAUCGAUUCUUCCCACCAGAAAAACGUGAGGAGUGGAAGGCAUGGCUGUCUAAAUUUGCUACGGAGAGGCCAUAUCUGGCAUCAUUCCUGUUGUCACAGAUUGCGCUGAGUGGGUUGCCGUUGGUGCUGUUUGGCGUCAUGAGCGUGACGGUGUUUAUCUUUGCAUUACUGGCGGGAAUUCUAGUCGGCGUCAUCGGUGCAUUGUUGUUUGUUGUUGCAGCACUGGGGUUCGCCCUCAUCAUCCUGUUGCCUACACUUUUCUUCACUACUGCCGCUGCCGUCUUCAUCUGGCUAUGGGGCGUCGGCGCCUACUUUAUCGUCAAGUGGUUCAAUCAAAAGGAUGUCCCGGGCAUUCAUACUGAUCUCGGCAGUGGUAUUGCUAAGCAGUCGGGUCUGUCUGACUUGCCUGGCGUUGGUGGGAAUCUCUUGAGUGAUGACAAUCUGGACCUCAAUGGUGCUUUGAAUGCCGCCAAGGGCGAGAAGAAGCCCGAGAAGCUCGACAAAGCUAACAAGGCUGACAAGGGCAACGAGAAGGAGAAAGAAAGAGGAGCCACGACAACGGGAGUUCAGCAUCACGUUGAUGGCAAAGAGAAUCAGAGCCAGACCACGACUCCGAGGAAGAAGAGACCUGUAUCGACUGAUCCCACGUCCAAGGUGACGGGCACUGUGGAUGGUGUCAGUAAAGGCGCUACUGGAGCCGUGGGAAAUGCCACCAAGACGCUGGGGGUAUGACUCGAGGCGGCGGGCAAGAAUUAUAUGGGCACAAUUCGUGUUGAUCAUGAUUCUGGUCCGCCAUGAUCAAGAAUCCAACUUUCACGAGGACAACAGUGAAGAAUCAUAUGGAAAGGUAGCGAGGAGGAGCGAGAAUGAGAUGGCCACCAGAGUGUUUGGCACUACCUGUACUUUAUUUCGGCUUCUUUGGGUGAAUGCAAUGCAUAGCAGGCAAAAACAUGGCUGAUGAUGAGAUCG